AUGACGGUGUCGUACACGCUGGAGGUAGCGAACGCCCGUUUCGCCGGAUUUACUAAACUUCUGUUCCGAUGGAAGGGCAGCAUUUACAAACUGCUCUAUAAAGAGUUCCUCGUCUUCUGCUUCCUGUACGGCCUCUUCAGUGUCAUAUACAGGUGUGUAUUAAGUGAAGUUCAGCAGGAGCUUUUUGAGAGAGCUGCACGUCACUGUAAUAAAUUCGCUAAACUCAUUCCCAUGUCAUUUGUUCUUGGUUUUUACAUCUCCACGGCGUUCCAGCGUUGGUGGGGUCAGUACACCAGUUUUCCUCUUCCUGAUAAUCUGAUGAUGGUGGUUUCGGGGAACGUGCACGGUGUUGAUGAGCGCGGUCGGAUGAUGAGGCGUACGCUCAUGAGAUACGCUAACCUGUCGUCCGUCCUCAUCCUGCGCUCCAUCAGCACACGCGUACGCAAGCGCUUCCGCACACUCGAAGAUAUCGUGGAGGCAGGAUUUAUGACUGAGGAGGAGUUAAAGACUCUGAAUCAUCUGCACUCAGACUUUAAUAAAUAUUGGAUGCCUCUGACGUGGUUCGCUAAUUUAGCAUCAAGAGCAAGAGAAGAGGGACGAGUGAAAGAUGACAUCGCUCUCAGACUGCUGAUGGACGAGCUGAAUAAUUACAGAGGGAAAUGCAGCAUGCUCUUUCACUAUGACUGGAUCAGCAUUCCGCUCGUCUACACUCAGGUGGUUACGGUAGCCGUGUACUCCUUCUUUGCGUUCUGUCUGAUCGGACGUCAGUUUGUGAGGCCGGAGAAAGCGGACGAUCUGAAAGUCCAUGUGGAUCUGUACGUCCCGGUCUUCACGCUGCUCGAGUUCUUCUUCUACGCCGGCUGGCUGAAGGUCGGGGAACUGAUCAUCAACCCGUUUGGUGAGGACGAUGAUGAUUUUGAAACGAAUCAGCUGAUAGAUCGAAACAUUCAGGUGUCGAUGCUCGCUGUGGACGACAUGCACCAGAACCUUCCUCCUCUUCAGAAGGACAAAUACUGGACGGAUAAAGCUCUGAGUCGCGCGUUCGCUCCAGCGCGGCCCGUCUUUAUGGGCUCUACAUACGACAUGAGGGUGACUGAUGAGGACGUGGAGGAGGUGAUGGCUGAUUACCGGACGCUGCCGGUCAGCGUGUGGCCGCCGGCCGCACGGAAACAGAAGAAAAGUCGAGGAGUAAAGCAACUCUGCUGCUGUAGUAAACACGCCGAUGAGAACGCGUGUGAAAGAGAAGCCGAGAAAAUAAACAUGAUACCAAAUAAAACCUCCGCUCCAGAACAGUGCGAGGACACGACGCAGACGCAGUGUGCGGUGGCUUUAGAGCCGUCUGAUGAAGACCAGCACACAGAUCAGACCAGUUCAGAUCACUGAGAGACCUCGCUUAAACAUCUGACCGUCCAUAACACAGACGUUUAUAGAAUGAACACGCUACCACUCUCACUGCUCCGGAAAACUUCAUUCCUCUUUAUCUCUGAACCGGAGGAACCGUGGAGGAGCCGUGGAUUUUUUUAUACAGUCAAUAAUAUUUAAAUAAAGUCAUUGUGAUGUGAUUUGUUAUAAGCCAGGUGUUAAUCAUAGAUGUAGAUUAAGAGGUGUUCAUAAACUGGACUAAACCCACAUCUGGAUUUCUGUAGCUGCUGUCUUUAAUGUCUGUAAUGAUUAAAUCACAGUCUCACUGUGAGGAAUGACCUGAGAGGAAAUAUUACAGCUUUCACAUAUUAUAUGAUGAGGGUUUAAAAGAAAGCGGUAAAGAGACGGGUUUAACUUCAGUUUAAAGUGGAUUCUCAGAGGAUUGUGUGGAUUACAUCGGUGCAGAACGGAGAGCUCCGUCCGGACAAAUCGUCACUCAGUACUGAUGCGUUACAGGAGGUCUAGUCAGGAUGGUUUAAAAAUGCAGAAAAUAAACAAAGUGAUCUCUUCUUUUUAAAGCACAAUUUUUCAUUUGUUACCCAAAGAUCAAAACAAAUAAAAUGUCAUCUCUCUGAAGUUUAGGGUUUUCCCAGCACAGGGAACAUCUCACUGUAACCCUGAUGCUGUGUGUGUGUGUGUGUGUGUGUGUGUGUCUGCAGUGUGUAAAGUGUGUAUAAUAAAUGAACAGCUGAUCACAUCAGGUUCACUGCUACUACAGGAAUAUCAAACCUCCCAGAACUUCCAGGCUGUGGAGCUGGAGACCAGGUUCAGAACCAGCAUCUGCUGAGCCCCAGACUCUCAUCCACAUCAGGGAGUGUUUCAUCUACCAUCUGACCAUCACUGUCUCCACCUGCUCUGUGCUCCAAAAGCUUCGCUAUUCCUGUCAGGACGUCAUACACCUGCUAAAUGUCUUUAUUUACAGGUUAGCAGUGUUUACAGUCCGAACAGGAUUUCAUGGAGUUUUUUUGUGAUUGUUGUGGACAGAGAUGCCUGUUUUUGCAGUUUUGCGUCUUUUGCAGAAAUGAUGUUUUUCUCAGUGAUGUUUGUUGGUAAACGAGACGCUUUAGCUGCACUCAUGUUCGACGCAGGGGAAUUGAAGAAGGCUUUGGUUGAGCGUGCGUUGUGAUGACGUCACACGGCGUGUCUCAGCCCAAAUCUACAGAAACUCUUGCAGCUCCUGCGAACGGUGCAGAGUUUUUUGAUUCUGAGCUAAUUUCUGUAAUCUCAAACUCGAAUUGAGAAAUUCUGGAGAGACAGAGUCACACUUUAGAUUCACCAAUCCAGCAGUCCAUAAAACAGUGCCAUCAGAGGAUUCUCACGCUGUUGUGAGGUUGUUAGAUGUUUGUUCAUUGGCAUUAGAUCCACCACACACUAACGUUCAGGAUGCUGCUGUUCGUCGUUAAUGAUUAGAUUAAAAGCGUUAUUUCUCGUUAGCUUUAGGGUUUCAGGUCUCCAUCUCUCCUGUUUAGGUGAAUUUGAAGCUUCUGUUUCUGGAUCCGAGCAGCUUUAGUACAGCAGUACAGGAACGUUCAGUUUACUUCAGCUCAGAUUUAUAGUCUGAAAUCAUCUAAAAUUUACGGAGCCCCCUAGUGUCAGGCAAGGAAAAAAAAAUACAGCCGUGUGUAAUCCGUACCCUCGGUUUUGUAAACCGCGCGCAGCGUGUUAAAGUUGGGUUUAUAUUGGACAUUCGCUGUACAUUCGAGCUUCUCUCUUCUAUUUCUCAAGAAAUAAUCACACAGAAAGGACAUAAUGUGAAUUGUCUUAAUAAUGUGUAUUGCGUGGACAUAGAACCAAUACAACCCAAUAUAUAUUUUAUCUUCUCCCGUUAAAGCCCGGAAGCGGAAGCCAAUCUCUGGGAGACGCAGGUCAUCAGCGCCUUAUAGUAAUGGAGUCAGUAAGGGGCCGUUUAAGAAGUGCAUGACCUGGGCAACUGUAUAAGAUUAUACUAAGUGUAUAGUCAUCUACUUAACAGGAUAUCUAACUUAUUGCAGUGUUAGGAUACAGUAUGGAUAAAGAAUGUUUUAUAGCAUAUGUAUUAUUAAUGAUAUACAUUUAUAUCACACAUAUAAUCUUAUUGUGCCAUAUACAAAUAAAAUUGAAUUGAAUAAAAACCUUAUACAGUUGCCCAGGUCAUGCACUUUUUAGACGCUCCCUUACUGACUCCAUUACGAUAAGGCGCUGAUGACCUGCGUUUCCCAGGAGAAAAUGUAAAAAUAUAUUGAGUUGUAUUGGUUCUAUGUCCACUCAAUACACAUUAUGCCCUUUUUGUGUGUUUAUUUCUUGAGAAAUAGAAGAGAGAAGCUCGAAUGUACAGCGAACUUUAACGCGGUGCGCGGGUACGGAAUACACACGGCGUCUUUUUUUCUUACUUGACACUAGGGGGCUCCGUAAAAAACUAAAUACAGGUGUGUUUGUAGUUUAAUCUGAACUCUGUCCAGGACACCACCCUUUAGUGUUCAGGGUUUAGGAUCAGAAACCGGGGUUACUGAAAAUAAAAUCAUUACUAAUUGUUCAGUUUAUUUAUUUUCACGUCACAUUUUACACAGGGGGGGAAGGGGAACAAGUAUAAUAACUUGCUGCACAAUUCCAGCAACAAAGAAGUAAAAAUACAAAAUAAAAUCUAAGAGAAGUGGAUAAUGUUAAUGGCAUAAUAUAAAAGGACUAACUAAUAAAACGGUAUGACUGCAGAUACAGGAACAUCUCCACUGCCAUAAUCCAGGAUUUCAUUAUAAAUAUAUUCUUUAUAUGUAGAAAUAAAACUGUCAAAAUCUAUUUUACACCUAAUAAACAUUACGAAUGCUUAAUAAACAUAAUAAAUAAAAGCUGUGCAGUACACACAAGUGG